CAUUUAACCGCCCAAACCCCGAUGAUGCCUGCGCACGUGGGCCAACAAAUCCUGCUCAGCUGAGUGCUGUUAUUUGCACAACCUGAUGGAACAGACUUUAUGACAACGCUGCCUCUUACAAUCUUGCGUCCUACAAACCGCGAGAGGCUACGCGAUGGAAGCCGAGUCCAGAGGGACACGGCGUGGGAAAGACCCCGACUUGGAUAACCCCCGAAAGCGAAAGAAGACCAUGCCUCAAAACGACGACGAUAGCACGGUCUCUCAAAUCUCACAGGGGCCUGGUGCUCACUCGGAACUCCAUGGCGCUGGUGUUCAACACACGGGGUCAGGAAACUUUACUGCCCGCGACAUUUACAUUGGUAGACUCUCUUGCGAGCGGUUGCAAAUCCUGGCUAACCGAUGAGGAAGGCCCAACAUCCAGCGGUGAGCUCGAGCGCGAGCUUCUUAGGGACUUACGUGUCAGCGAUCCCCGCGACGACAAGGAACGCAUCGAGCGCAGUAAAGGCGGACUACUGUGGGACUCUUUCCGCUGGGUCCUUGAUCAUGACGACUUCCGCCAAUGGCAGGACGACGGGCAGAGUCGUAUGCUUUGGGUCAAGGGCGACCCGGGCAAAGGCAAAACAAUGCUUAUGUGCGGCAUCAUCACCGAGCUGGAGAAGCGGCCUGCAGGCACGGUUCUUUCCUAUUUCUUAUGCCAAGCGACAGAUGCGCGUUUGAACAACGCAACGGCCGUCCUACGCGGCCUCAUCUACCUACUGCUCGAUCAACAGCCAUUUUUGAUUGAGCGAUUGCGAAAGAAGUACGACCAUGCGGGCAAGCAAAUAUUCGAGGACGUAAACAGCUGGGAUGUCUUGUCAAGAACUCUCCUCUUCAUCUUACAAGACCUAGGCUCACGAACGACCUACCUAGUCAUUGACGCACUUGACGAGUGCGAGACGGAUCUCAGCCAGCUUCUUCACCUCAUUAUUCAGGCCUCCUCAACAACUCAGGCAAAGUGGCUCCUUUCCAGCCGUAACAGACGCGACAUUGAGCAAGUCAUACGGCCCAGAGAGUCCCAGACUAGGUUGAGUCUAGAGCUGAAGGAAAACGCAGAGCUUGUGUCCCGCGCUGUCAACACAUACAUCUCUCAGUGCAUCUCGCAGCUGGCGGUCCUGGAGGGAGACGUUUUGCAACAAGACCGAAUCCGAAGCGAAAUACAACAAAAGGCCAACGGGACGUUCCUAUGGGUGUCUCUCGUCAUCCAAGAGCUUCACAAGGCGGAGGUUUGGGAAGUCAUGGAUAUCAUCAACGAUAUCCCGGCCGGUUUGGACAAACUAUACGAACGAAUGAUACGGCAGAUCGAGAGUCAAGGGCGCGACAGACCCAAUCACUGCUGGAAGCUUCUUUCGACUGUUGCUGCCGCGUAUCGCCCGCUUCACUUGGAAGAGCUGAGGGUCCUUGUCGAUUUGCCGCCGAGCGUUUCCGCCACGCAACAGAACAUCGCGGCAAUUGCAGGACGAAGCGGAUCUUUUCUCACAAUAAGAGACAACGUUGUUUACAUCAUCCACCAGUCAGCAAAGGACUUUCUGACAAAGCACAUUGCGCAACAUCCGUCUGGCCUAGUAGCGGUGCACAACAUCGUCGCCUCACUAUCGAUCCAGGCCAUGAAGGAGACACUUGGACGCGAUAUGUAUAAAAUACGCAAGCCGGGAUUUCCAAUCAGCCGAGUCAAGCCACCCGAUCCCGAUCCGCUAGCGUCUGUCCGCUAUUCCUGUGUCUAUUGGGUCAGCCAUUUAGCGGAGGGUUGUAACGAACAGAGUCAAUGGGGUCGAGAGUUAUGUGACGGCGGACCAGUCUAUACAUUCUUGAAGAAGCAUCUCCUUCACUGGUUUGAGGCGCUUAGUCUCCUUGGGAGCCUGUCGGAGGGUAUCCUUCAGGUAUCCAGGCUGGCAAAUCUGAUGCAGCUAUCAUUAGAAAGCCCUAAACUUACGGAUCUGGCCCGGGACGCAUUGAGAUUUAUUCGAGCCAAUCGAGGUGGUAUUGAAAUCAGUCCCCUUCAGGUUUACACUUCCGCACUCAUAUUCUGCCCGAAACUUAGUACUAUCAGAACGGUGUUCGGUGACGAGGAGCCUCAGUGGAUCACGAUAAAGCCAGCUGUGGAAGACAAUUGGAGCGCAUGCCUGCAGACUCUUGAAGGUCAUAAAGCGGUUGUUUCCUCCGUGGUCUUCUGCAGUAAUAGAAUGCAGCUGGUGUCCAGUUCAUGGGACAGCACUGUCAAGAUCUGGGAUAUUACUACAGGCCAAUGUAUCCAGACAUUUCUGGUUCACACAUGCAAAAAAGUCACUUCAGUUGCCUUGGCAAGCGAUGGCAGGCAUUUUGCCUCAGGAUUCGCCUCAGGGUUCGAGAAUUGCAUCGUCACAAUCUGGGACAGAAUUACCGGCCACUGCAUCAAGACAUUAAAGGGCCAUACUGGCUCGGUCGAUUCAGUGGUCUUUUUCGGUGCCAGCUCGCAGAUGGCAUCAGCAUCAAGCGAUAGAACUAUUAAGAUCUGGGAUAUCAACACAGGUCACUGUCUCAAAACACUUGCAGGUCAUGUUGCGCACAUCUAUUCACUUACCUUGUCGGGCGAUAACAGGCAGCUUGCAUCAGGAUCGCUGGAUCAUACUGUUAAGAUCUGGGACACUGUUACCGGCCACUGCAUCAAGACAUUAUCAGGACAUACCGGCCCCAUUUUCUCGACAGCGUUCUCAAACGACGGUAUGCAGCUAGCUUCGGCGUCUGCGUACAAUUGUAUCAAAAUCUGGGAUAUCACUGUCGAACGAUGUGUCCAAACACUUGAAGGCCAUAGAGGGAAAGUUGUUUCAGUCAUCUUCUCAGCUGAUGGCAUGCAGCUAGCAUCAGCAUCAGCAGAUAAAACCAUCAAGAUCUGGGAUAGGUCUACAGGCCAGUGUGUCCAAACACUUACAGGCCAUACUGGUAUGGUGCACUCAAUAACCUUUACAAAAAACAACAUGCAGUUGGUAUCAGCUUCAGCAGACACAACUAUCAAGAUCUGGGACAUGGCCACAAGCCAGCGUCUCCAGACGCACAACAAACAUCACACUAGUGCUCUUCGCUCGGUAGCUUUCUCGGACGACAACACGCAAUUAGUGUCAACGUCGGAUGAUAGAACUGUUAAGAUUUGGGACAGUACAGGCCGGUAUCUUAAUACGCUCAAGGGCCAUACCGAAGCUACUACCUCGGCAGCCUUCUUAGAAAACAACACAAAGGUGGUAUCAAGGUCCUAUGAUAACUCUGUUAAGAUUUGGCACAAGGCAACAGGCCGGUGUCUGAAGACUCUCGAAAGUCACAAAGGCCGUAUCAUCUCAGUCUCCGUUACAGACAGGGCUACAGCCGGAUGUUUACAGACGCGGAAUGACCAAAGAUAUCACCAGCCUACAUACUCUUCUAUGGAUUCCCUACUUCUGGCAUCAUUGUCGAUGGAUAAGACUAUCAAAAUAUGGGAUAUAGCUACAGGCCAGUGUCGCCAGACACUUGAUCACAAAUACGCCGUCUCGACUGCCUUCUCAAGCGACAGCACACAGCUGGCAUCGUUUUCAAGAGACGGGAUGGCUAAGAUAUGGGAUGUAGCUACAGGACAGUGCCUUCGCAAAUUUGUUCACAAUGCAUGGCACCGUUCAGCAGCCUUCUCUAACAACAGCAUGCAGCUGGCAUCGACAGCAGAUGAUACCCUCAUGAUCUGGGACACAUCUACCGGCCAGUGUCGACGGAAGAUUUGGAUGCGCGGCCGCGAUGCUUCUGAAGUUGGCCAAAUCUCCUUUUCAGAAACCGACCUGCAGCUCCACACGAAUAUAGGCACCAUAGAUCUGAGACCUGGCACCGGUGCGACGUCGCGGCCGCGGGCUGAUGCGGCGGAAGCGGCAACCUUUUGCGGCGCCGGAGUACCGGCCGACGCGCUCGGCCGUGAGAGGUUCCACGGUGGCCCUCGGCUGCGUUGGAGGCCGGCUCUUGAUUUUGGGAUUUUCAGAGGACGACCCAAUCUUGUAGCGGCCCGUCCCGUCUCCCUCUACCUCUAGAUGUAUAUGUGUCGUCGGUUUGGAUCGCAUCUUUCCUCUAGCAAAACGUGCGGUAGAAAAGGUGUUGGAAGCAUGCAGUGGCGUGGUUUGCUUUUGUAGACGUUUUUGAUUUUCUUUUCGUCUUUUCAACGGCGGGGAAGUGCAAAUGAAUUCUUUUAGGGUACUAGUCAACUCCAACAUC